AAUAUGACUCGAUGGGGCAAUGCGAAGGCAAACCUUUAUUGGGAGGCAAACCUCUCGAAUAAGAAUCCUUCAGAAAGCAACAUUGACAGUUGGAUUAGAUCCAAAUAUGAACUAAAGCGAUGGGCAAUGAAGGGACCAAUACCCGAUCCAGAUACAUUAGGUGACGGAUUUUCGGAUAAGCCAGCAUUGUCAACUUCAGCCAAAGUUGUCAUUGAAUCUCAAAUCUCGGAGAAACCCUCAAAAAAAAAUGAAAACAUAUUGGAUAUUUUCGCCCCUUCACCUAUGUCCAACGUUUUAUCAGAUAAUCCUUCAUCAGCACCGCUGCUUAAAGGUGCCGACUUAUUUUCGAUAGGUCAACCAUCUCUUACAAGCAACCAUUCUAAUCAUGAUACUCUGAAAUCGUCUAUUUUGUCAUUAUAUAACAGCCCAAAUCUUAAACCAAAUACUUUAUCCCAAUCCUUUCUAGGAAACUAUAGUUAUAGUUCUCCUAAUCUUCCAUUAC